UCUGAUGGGAGGGGGUGUACAGUGGAACUUAGAAGCAAAGAGAAGAAACAGAUAAAACCCGGGCAGAGGGUAAAAAGGUGUCCCCCGCUCUUCUCCGAGUUUAGGGGCCUCAUCUGUCACUGCGGGCGCCAGAGGAGUAGGCUCCGGAAGAGCCAGCCCAGAAGGGAAGAGGGAGGACCCGCCAGGAGCGAAGCACUGCAGUAGGGGAAGACAGAGGCGCACAGAGAAAGUGACUUGGGCCGGUGGUGCUCCGGGGGCGACUGCAGACACAGAAAGGACCCUUGAUACUAUCCGCCGACCUCUCCCCAGGGGACAGAUCCCAGUCGGCCCCUCGAGGGCCACGGGCGAAGAGACAAUCUGCUGGGCUGUAGGAGAAGAGCAUCUGGCACUAGAUUCCGGGGGAGGGGGUCCUGGCGAGGUGGGCCUGUGAGGUGGGGUGAGGGUCGGCGCGGAUCCUGGAACUCAGGGGGGCGGGGGCUGCCGUGCUGCGCAGGAGUGGGCUGCGGGGGCCUGGCGCGCCCCCCUCACUCGCGCUGCGCUCGCCCAGCGCUCUGUGUCAGGCUCGAAGCUGUCCCCGCGCCCCAGCUGCCCGCCCGGCUGCCGGCUCCGAUCCGCGGCGCAGAUGGCUGUGCGCAGCAGCAACACCUUGACGCCCUUCUCCAUCCAGGCGAUUCUCAACAAGAAAGAAGAGCGCGGCGGGCUGGCUGCGCCCGAGGGGCGCUCGGCACCAGGGGGCACAGAGGUGGCCGUGGCUGCGGCGCCCGCCGUCUGCUGUUGGCGGAUCUUCGGGGAGACCGAGGUCGGUGCGCUGGGGGGCGCCGAGGACUCUCUUUUGGCGUCUCCCUCCCGAACCAGAACAGCUGUGGGGCAGAGCGCGGAGAGCCCCGGAGCUUGGGACUCGGACUCAGCCCUGAGCGAAGAGAACGAGGGCAGGAAGCGCUGCGCCACCGUCCCGGGAGCCAGUGGAGCUGGCCGCGCCAGGGCGACCCUGGGCCUGGACCAGCCGGGCUGCGAGCUGCACGCCGCCAAGGACCUGGAGGAGGAAACCCCGGUCCGCAGCGACAGCGAGAUGUCAGCCAGCGUUUCAGGCGACCACAGUCCAAGAGGCGAAGACGACAGUGUUAGCCCUGGAGGAGUUCGCGUGCCUGGGUUGUGUGGUGCCGCGGGCGGAGGGGCUAGCGGCGGCCAGGCGGGCGGCGUGGAGGAAGAGGAAGAGCCCGCAGCCCCUAAGCCGCGAAAGAAGCGCUCCCGGGCCGCUUUCUCGCACGCCCAGGUCUUCGAGCUGGAGCGCCGUUUUAACCAUCAGCGCUACCUGUCCGGGCCGGAGCGCGCAGACCUGGCAGCAUCGCUGAAGCUCACAGAGACGCAAGUCAAGAUCUGGUUUCAGAACCGGCGCUACAAGACCAAACGCCGGCAGAUGGCCGCCGACCUGCUCGCCUCAGCACCCGCCGCCAAGAAAGUGGCGGUAAAGGUGCUGGUGCGAGACGACCAAAGACAGUAUUUGCCCGGAGAGGUGUUGAGGCCACCUUCUCUUCUGCCACUGCAGCCCUCUUACUACUACCCUUACUACUGCCUCCCGGGCUGGGCGCUGUCCACAUGCGCGGCCACUGCUGGUACCCAGUGAAGCGCUCGGGGCAAGGCAGAGAAGGAUUCCUGACCCUCAGUUUGCACCGCCGCGGACAGGUGUAGAGGUUGGACAGUGCGAGCAGGCGAGCUCUGCCCAACUGGGGAUGGGGCAGGUGGAGAAUGAAAUCCUGCUGGGACUCUCCUACCUGGGCCGUGGAACUGAGUCUGCCCCGAGAGGGCGCCUUAUUGUCAUUUGAACAGCUGCGCCCUAUGACCCCAGGCGCUCUGCACAACCCGCCACCUAUCCACAAGCCUCGGGACGCUAUUUAUUAUCACAACAAUGUUGGAUUUGGAUUCUGUCUGCCUGGGGAUGGUAUUUGCCCAGAGUAGAGAGAACUCCUGGAGACCCCCGGUAGCCUGAAUCCUCAGAAUCUCCGGUCGGCCAAGCGCUUCUGGUGCUAGGCCACACUAGUUCAUGGUAUCCAUGCUAGCGAUCUGUAUCUGCAUAUCUUUAAUGUUUGGAAAUUAGAUUUGUGACAAGGGAGUGCAGAAUCCUUUCAGCUCCGGGCCAGGAGUUGACUUGAACCUCGAAGGGUUUGGUUUUGGGGGAACCUCCACUCCACCCCUUGCAGGCAGGGCAUCCUCCUGGACGCUGAAUGUAAGAACCGGAGUCUAUCAGCACGGGGAGGGGGGGGGGGGCGGCCACGGACGCCCUUCACUUUCUCUUUCUGUAAAUUCAGGGCCACACCCAAAGGGAAAAGUACCUGGGAGACUCACAAAAGCCCCCUUCAGAAACCCACCUUUCCUUCUUUCUACCUUACUUUCUUUCUUUCUUUUUUCUUUCCUACCUUCCUUCCUUCCAUCCUUCCUUUCUUCAAAGAGGGUUGAGACUUGUAGCACUUUUCGGUUGUUUGUAUUCAAAUAACGAUUAUUUUUGUAUUCAAUGUGAAUAUCCCUGGCCUGCGUUUCCGUGUCUUCCACCACCCACCCGGGCCCUCUCUUCCAGGCCCCCACACCCUCUGUGCCUUGCUUGUUACUGGGACUACGUGUCUCAGUCAGCCUCGCAGCUUUUCGCCUCUUUAAGGGCACUGUGCACUCAACUAGAGUUAUCUUUAAAAGAUUUGUGAAUUUUGGAAACUCUAUUCGCUGUAAUUUUUUUUUCUCUUUAAUUUAUAAACGAUAGUUCUUGGCGUCCUCCCGGGGCUUGGUUUUCUCUGAAAUUUUCUCGGUGCGGCUUUGGGACAAGGAGAUGGAGGCGGGUUGGAGGCAAGGGCGGAUCCUUCUCCACAGUGUUUCUGUCUAGGAGAGAAUGCUCUUUCUGGUAUCAUCCUAUACGCAACAGCAACAGCGGCCUUGCUGGUCACCCUCUGUGAAGGCUUUAAAACCCCGGGGAAUCACAACUUCAGGGUCACUGAAGAAUCUCACUGGAUCUUAAAGCAAAUGUCUAAGAUUCCGUAUUUUCCUUGCUGGUCACCCUCUGUGAAGGCUUUAAAACCCCGGGGAAUCACAACUUCAGGGUCACUGAAGAAUCUCACUGGAUCUUAAAGCAAAUGUCUAAGAUUCCGUAUUUUCUUCAGUCCUAGGGCCUCAAAUCACGGAAGCUCUGGUUGACUGAACCCACAGGCAAGUUCCACCUACCACCCAAACCUGCGAAUUCUUCUCUUCCAGUCUCCUCUCUGCUUUCGGAUUUUUUUUUUUUUUUUUUUUUUUUUUUUUUUUGUCAGUUUCUCCACAGUGACCCUAUCUUUUCAGAACGGGCUGUAAAAACAAAAACUCUUGCUGAAAUUCUAAUUCUAUUUGAGGAGAGUCAAGUGCCAGUCAUGGUCCUCCAGGAGAGGGUGUCCUGCUCAGUUUGCUCCUACAGGUGCGAAUCUUACUCUAUCUAAAAUGUUUUCAAGCGCUCUGCUCUGCUCCUGGGUGACCUGGAGUCAUUUGAUCUGCACGGAAGUCCAGGGCCAGUGGCGGUGAGAUGGGCCCCUUGUAAGAGUACAGAUGAACAUGGCCCCCACAAUACAAGACUUCCCAGAAUAUCCACACAGUCUUCCUUGAGGUUAAACGCUUGCCUUGAGGUCACUUUAACUGGAUCCAUGGCACAUAAAGUCACAGUGCCACAUUUCCAACUGCGACCUGGGAACGGCCAAAACUGAAACUUGGUCUUCCCUACUCCCAUUCCGGGUAACCUCUCUCAGCUCUCUGGCCUCCAGGCCUUGGGGUAGGCCUAGGCCUACCGAGGUGACCAGGCCAUAGUAGUCUGAGCACAGCUCUCACAAAACAAAGUGUUAGGACAUUAUUGCUCCCCCUAACCCGGUGACCAGGCGUUUAGUCCCUGAGAUCAUUUUAAUUAUUUUAAUAUUUAGUGCUUGUUUUAUGAUUUGCAGCGAUGUAACGCAUUCUCCUUGAACUUUGGAACUUUCCCCUUGUUGCUGCCAUCUCCCCACUUUGUUCGCCUUAAGACUGUUACAAUUCAGAAUUUUCUUGAAGGGGAGAUAGAUGUCUGCAACACUGGGGCUGUUGUUCACCCCACUUGCUAAAGACACGGUGUGCGUUUAGUCCUUCAGAUUCAGGGGGAGAGCUAGAGAUUCUUUAGAGAAUCGAAAGGAAAGGAAUGGCUGUCCAAGGUCGCACGCUCCAGCGUCACCUUCCAUGCAGAUUACCCCAUUUUCAGCCGGUAAAGGGGGUCCUCGCUGUCUCUGCUGUCACUGGGGGACUUGCCCUCUGCUCUCUGAAGCUGCCCCGGAAAAUGUAUCCAAGAGAGUUCCAUUUGAUCAGUUCAGUGGCAGCUGCCGUCCUGCCCUGCAUGGUAAGAAUCCCCGGGCUGUAGAAUGAACCGUGGGCUAUAGAAUAGAACCUUCGGAUCUGGCCCAGCUUACCAGGAUUCCACACCGAAAAAUAUGAUCAUGGACUUACACGCGGUUGGAAAUACACAAUAUUACUAUAGUCACUCAUCUGCUUUUUUCUCUCUAUAAUCUACUUUCCUUUUUUCCUCCUUUUGUUUUUCUUUCCUUUUAAAAAUAAAACUUAAAACCUUCUACACACACACACACACACACACACACACACCUUGAUCCCUGAUCAAAGGACUCUUGAUGUGAUCCUUCUUAUUGUCUUUGCUGCCUGGGUCCCCUCUCCUAGAGCAGUCACAAAUGUAGCCUGAGUCCAGGGUCCUUUAUCACUUAGUCCUAUAGUAUGUUUGGCCUUUCGUUCACAUAAAGGUGAGCUUAGAGGCACUCUGCCUCUCACAGAUGAUUAAACCAUGGAGAGGAGAGGGAAAUUAGGUUAGGAACCAGUUUGGAAUGUGCUUUGAUCUGCCCUGAAAUCAGUCUGGCCAGCAAUAAAAAUUUUGCUCUCUC